UUGUCCUUUAUUAUUGACCUAAUCGCAACCUACGCAUGCGUAAUAUCGUCAUAGCGACUCGCGUCUUUAAAACUCGAGUUGGCUUGUAUCGAAAUAGUAUGAUCGAUACGAAAUAUUCGGUUAAUAGUUUCGUUCGAUUAAAUGUUCUUUUUUUUUCUCUUAUUAACGAAGAGAAAUAUCUUCGAAUAUAAAUGAUUUGAAAAUUAUUAUAUCUAGAUCAUUUUUGUAUUCGUUACAAAGAACAAAAAAAUCAUGCACGGUUUUGAACUGAUAUCGCAAGGUGCCGAAGCCUGUCUCUACAAAGGGACAUACUUAGGUAAACCUACCAUAGUUAAAGAAAGAUUUGUCAAAGGCUAUAGACAUCCGGAUUUAGAUAAACGUUUAACAAAGGAUAGAAUAAAGGCUGAGGCACGUGCUAUUAUUCGUGCUAAAUCUGCAGGCGUACCAACACCUGCAUUAUAUCUAAUUAAUUUGGAUCGUCGCAGCAUUUACAUGGAAUAUAUGGAAAAUACUACAGUUUUAAAACAUUAUAUAGAUGAAAAUGUAUCUGAUAAAGUUAAUGUAGAACAUAUUAUUAAGUUUAUAGGAGAAGGAUUAGGUUUACUUAUUGCUAAACUACACUUGAAGAAUAUAGUUCAUGGAGAUUUGACGACUUCAAAUGUUCUUUUGAAAAAUAUUUCAAAUGAAAUGUGGACCAAAGAGAAAGCUUUAAAUCAUUUUGUCAUGAUUGACUUUGGAUUGGCACGAAUUGAUUCAACUGUAGAAGAUAAAGCAGUUGAUAUAUAUGUUCUUGAAAGAUCUUUGCUUAGUGCUCACUCAGAAGUGCCUAAUCUUUUUCCACUAAUUUAUGAGAGCUAUCAAAAACAUUAUGCAAAUAAAACUCAAUGUAAGGAGAUAGUUAAUAAGUACGAAGAAGUAAGAGCACGUGGACGCAAACGAUUAAUGAUUGGCUGAUCAUUAAUAGAAUUAUUUUUAUUAAAGAAGGAUUAUUUGUUAAAUAUAUGAGAAUUAAAUUUUUUUCCUAUUUUUACGAAUGUAAGUAUU